AUGGAAUUCUUCAGCGAUGUGGGAGGCGACCAGUUGAAACCAUCGCUCUUUGAGCUGGUUGCUCAGGAACAGCUGCGCGACCUUCUCCAGCCGGCGUUGAAGUACAUUCUCUCGGUGUUUGCACAGAGGUACCCACGGUACCUCUUGCGACUAGUGAACAGGCAUGAAGAGUUCUACGCAACGCUCAUGUUAUUUGUCGAACGUCACUACCUCCGCAAGCAUGGUGCUUCCUUUGCUGAGAACUUUUAUGGGUUGAAGAGAAGGCGGCGACCCCUGUUUGAGACGGAGCGUGCGAGAGCGGCUGUAGGUGGCGUGUUGAACGAAGAGAGGCUGCGCGACAAGGAAGUGUGGAGGUCGAUGCUCUUCCUGAUUGGUCUGCCGUACAUCCGUGCUAAAGCUGCGGACUAUUUCGAAGCCUUGGGUGGGGGCAUCGAUCGUGAUAUCUUGGAUGAGAAUGCAAACACACGGCAGACUAGGCUGUUGUCGGAAGAGACGUUUGCUGCAAAAUUAAGGAGAGUAUUCAAGACCUUCUACCCAUGGGCCAACACGGCGUUUGAGGUGUGGCUGCUUGUGUGCAAUGUGGCGUACCUCUUCGACAAGACUCCGUACUACCGGCCGUGGCUCCAGUGGAUCGGCGCUGACAUCCGCCGUUUAGGCCCUGAGGAUAUGGUGCGUUUGAAUGCGUCUCCGAAACCUCUGGCAGGAAGCCUCCCACAGGGACUCUUGGCCAAGCUUCGACGUCUGUUUCUGUCCUCGCCACGACUGUUGUUGGACAGCCUCAAGGUGCUACUUCCGACAGCCAUCUUCUUCAUCAGGUUCCUGGAAUGGUGGUACUCGCCCAGUUCGCCGGCACGGGCUCUGUCGGUGUCCCCGCUGGGUCCUGCGGUGCCUCCGCCACGCCUGCUUCCUCCGCACCCUCGCGGCCUGCGCAUUGAAGGAGUCAAGUACGGAGAGUGUGGGCUGUGCCGGCAGGCCCUGGCGAACGCGACGGCGUUUCCGUCUGGAUAUGUUUUCUGCUACAAAUGCGCGUACGAGCAAGUACAAGCGCAUGGCCGGUGCCCUGUAACUCUGCUGCCUGCUCGAGUGUGGCAAUUGCGAAAGAUCCUUGUCUGA